AUGUGGAUCAUAUCAUUUUGGAUGUUCCCACUGAUCUCAGCAUGCAUGUGGGUUGCAAUGCUGAUUGCCAUGCUGGUCAGCUGGGUCUACGACGGUAGACCCCAUUAUGGAGGCAUGGACAAAGUACAAACCAUUGCAUACAUCUCCAACGUUGGCGCAGAGCGUCUCCAGCCGCUCUUCAUUGGCGGCAGCGUCGUGACAGUGGUAUUCCUGGACCUGGCCUUCCUAUCUGAGAGAUGGCUUCGACACUCGAACCAGCUAGCAUCCAACAAAGGCAAGUUUGACAAGGCGUGUGCGGUUCUUUCGAUCUUCUUCGCGAUCGCUGGCGCGGCAGGAUUGAUCCUCCUCUCGAUCUUCGACACCAAACACCACCCUAAGAUGCAUGAUGGAUUCCUGGCACUUUUCUUGGCUGGAUAUAUCGUCAGCGCGGUCCUGAUUUGCGCCGAGUACCUUCGUAUCGGUAUCUUCUAUCGUCGCGAACAUCGCGUUCUGCUAGCGAGUUUCUUUAUCAAGCUGGCUUUCAUCAUUAUCGAGGUUGGUCUGGCCAUUGGCUUUGGAAUCUGCAUGAAUGGCAGUGGCAGUCGCCAGAAUACUGGUGCGAUCUUGGAAUGGACGAUUGCCUUCGUCUUCACGGGAUACGUUUUUUCCUUCGUCGUGGAUCUGCUGCCCUCUGUUCGAACUCGCAAUCAUGUGCCCCAGGGUGAGAAGUUCGCCAUGGGUCACCCUAGCCCCGAGGAGGCUGUCUCUAUCGAGGAGCCUUUGACUCAUGACUCUGCUGGGCCGAACACCGGCUUCUACCGCGGUCAGCGGGUUUAA